AUGAGGUUCUUUCACUCUUCUAGCUCUGCAUUACUUGACAAUCCUUAUAAGGUACUUGGUGUGGAGAAGAAUGCUAGCUCAUCCCAAAUUAAGAAGGCAUACUACAAAUUGGCAAAGAAAUAUCACCCAGAUGUCAAUAACUCUUCGGAUGCUGAAGAAAAGUUUCAUUCAUUACAGGAGGCCUAUGACAUAUUGAGUGAUCCAAAAAAGAAGCAGCAAUUUGAUCAGUUCGGUGCUGCCGGCUUUGGCCCCAGUGGACAGACUGCCGGUGCUGCCGGUACCUACAGUGCAUAUGGUGGAAAUCCAUUUGGUGGAUCCUCUGGCGCACGUACUGGUAAUCCCUUUGAAGGUUUCGGCAUCAAUUUUGAUGACUUGUUUGGAGGUAUGGGAGGUAGUCGUGGAUCUGGUAAUCCAUUUGGAGGUGCAGGAUAUGGAGGUGCUAGAUCCAGUGUACAACAUUUUCAAGGCGAAGAUAUUGAGGUUUUAAAGACAAUUGCUUUCAAAGAAGCUAUUUUUGGUACCAAUGUGGCUGUCAAGUAUAAUGCAUUGAGCAAAUGUGAUUUUUGUCAUGGUUCAGGAUUAAAGCAGGGUCGUAAAAAGUCCACUUGUCCUACAUGUGGAGGUACUGGUUCCCAGGUUCAUUUCUUGCAGGCCGGCUUCCAGAUGGCUUCAACCUGUACUACCUGUGGAGGUACGGGUGUUGUGAUCAAGAAUGAGGAUAAAUGUAAUAUUUGUCACGGUGAUGGAGUUGUGAAUAGGACCAAAGAGACUGAGGUGAGGCUUCCUCAAGGCCUUAGGGAUGGCAGUAGAAUUCGUGUGUCGGGUGCAGGUGAUGCACCACAUACCACUUCGUCUAGUGGAUAUGUGCUCACCAACGGUGACUUGAUCAUCCGUGUCAGAGUUAGACCUGAUGCAAACUUUGUUAGAGAUGGAAACAAUUUAGUUUACAAAUGCAAAAUUUUAAUGACCACUGCUUGUUUAGGUGGAAAAGUGGAUAUACCUACUUUGGAUGGACAGAAAGUGAAGUUGAGAAUCCCUGCAGGUGCUGAACAAGGUAGAAUAAUAAGCAUCCCUGAUAAAGGUGUCCCUGUUGGUGGAGGAAGAAGAGGCGAUCAGAAGGUUGUUAUUGAAUUGCAGCCAAUGAGACCGCAAACUGCUACUCAGACUGCACUAUUAGAAGCUUUGGCUGAUGCUUUUGGGGAUACUACUGCCAAUAAAAUUGAUCCCUCUUGGAAGCCAUUGGAGAAGAUGAAUCAAAAUGAUAGCGGUAAAGAGAAUUCCAUUAAGGAUGGAGGCAAGACUGACUCGGCUUCUGAAAAGCCUUUGUCAGCGCUGGAGCGCAUCCAGUCUUUCUUAAUGAACGCUUUUAAGCGUAUCAGAGAGGAGUUUGAAAAUAAUCAAAAGAAGUAA